AGUUUCUCCUCGGGACGGAGCAGGAGGCACGCGGAGUGAGGCCACGCAUGAGCCGAAGCUAACCCCCCACCCCAGCCGCAAAGAGUCUACAUGUCUAGGGUCUAGACAUGUUCAGCUUUGUGGACCUCCGGCUCCUGCUCCUCUUAGGGGCCACUGCCCUCCUGACGCAUGGCCAAGAAGACAUCCCUGAAGUCAGCUGCAUACACAAUGGCCUAAGGGUCCCCAAUGGUGAGACGUGGAAACCCGACGUAUGCGUGAUCUGUAUCUGCCACAAUGGCACGGCUGUGUGCGAUGACGUACAAUGCAAAGAAGAACUGGACUGUCCCAACCCCCAAAAACGGGAGGGCGAGUGCUGUGCUUUCUGCCCCGAAGAAUAUGUAUCACCAAACUCAGAUGUAGGAGUCGAGGGACCCAAGGGAGACCCUGGCCCCCAAGGCCCAAGGGGACCCGUUGGCCCCCCUGGACGAGAUGGCAUCCCUGGACAGCCUGGACUUCCUGGUCCUCCUGGUCCCCCUGGGCCUCCCGGACCCCCUGGCCUUGGAGGAAACUUUGCUUCCCAGAUGUCCUAUGGCUAUGAUGAAAAAUCAGCUGGAGUUUCCGUGCCUGGCCCCAUGGGUCCUUCUGGUCCUCGUGGUCUCCCUGGCCCCCCUGGUGCACCUGGUCCUCAAGGUUUCCAAGGCCCCCCUGGUGAACCUGGCGAGCCUGGUGGUUCAGGUCCAAUGGGUCCCCGAGGUCCCCCUGGCCCUCCUGGAAAGAACGGAGAUGAUGGGGAAGCUGGCAAGCCCGGCCGUCCUGGUGAGCGUGGACCUCCUGGGCCUCAGGGUGCUCGUGGAUUGCCUGGAACAGCUGGCCUCCCUGGAAUGAAGGGACACCGAGGCUUCAGUGGUCUGGAUGGUGCCAAAGGAGAUGCUGGUCCUGCUGGUCCUAAGGGAGAGCCCGGCAGUCCUGGUGAAAACGGAGCUCCUGGCCAGAUGGGUCCCCGAGGUCUGCCCGGUGAGAGAGGUCGCCCUGGACCUCCUGGCACUGCUGGUGCUCGUGGUAAUGAUGGUGCUGUUGGUGCUGCUGGGCCCCCUGGUCCCACCGGCCCCACUGGCCCUCCUGGCUUCCCUGGUGCAGUUGGUGCUAAGGGUGAAGCUGGUCCCCAGGGAGCCAGAGGCUCUGAAGGUCCCCAGGGUGUGCGUGGUGAGCCCGGACCCCCUGGCCCUGCUGGUGCUGCCGGCCCUGCUGGAAACCCUGGUGCUGAUGGACAGCCUGGUGCUAAAGGUGCCAAUGGUGCUCCUGGUAUUGCUGGUGCUCCUGGCUUCCCUGGUGCCCGAGGCCCCUCUGGACCCCAGGGCCCCAGCGGCCCUCCAGGUCCCAAGGGUAACAGUGGUGAACCUGGUGCUCCUGGCAACAAAGGAGACACUGGUGCCAAAGGAGAACCCGGUGCUACUGGAGUUCAAGGUCCCCCAGGCCCUGCUGGAGAAGAAGGAAAACGAGGAGCCCGUGGUGAGCCUGGACCUUCCGGCCUGCCUGGACCUCCUGGCGAGCGUGGUGGACCUGGUAGCCGUGGUUUCCCUGGUGCUGAUGGUGUUGCUGGCCCCAAGGGUCCUUCUGGUGAACGUGGUUCUCCUGGCCCUGCUGGUCCCAAAGGUUCUCCUGGUGAAGCUGGUCGCCCCGGUGAAGCUGGUCUCCCUGGUGCCAAGGGUCUCACUGGCAGUCCUGGCAGCCCUGGUCCUGAUGGCAAAACCGGCCCCCCUGGUCCCGCUGGUCAAGAUGGUCGCCCUGGACCCGCAGGUCCUCCUGGAGCCCGUGGCCAGGCUGGUGUGAUGGGAUUCCCUGGACCUAAGGGUACCGCUGGAGAACCUGGAAAGGCUGGAGAGCGAGGCCUUCCCGGACCCCCUGGCGCUGUUGGUCCUGCUGGCAAAGAUGGAGAAGCUGGAGCUCAGGGAGCCCCUGGCCCUGCUGGUCCUGCUGGUGAGAGAGGUGAACAAGGUCCCGCUGGCUCUCCUGGAUUCCAGGGUCUUCCUGGUCCUGCCGGUCCUCCUGGUGAAGCAGGCAAGCCUGGUGAACAGGGUGUUCCUGGAGACCUUGGUGCCCCUGGACCCUCUGGCGCAAGAGGCGAGAGAGGUUUCCCUGGUGAACGUGGUGUACAAGGCCCCCCAGGUCCUGCUGGUCCCCGAGGAAACAAUGGUGCCCCCGGCAACGAUGGUGCCAAGGGUGAUACCGGUGCCCCCGGAGCUCCCGGUAGCCAGGGUGCCCCCGGUCUUCAGGGAAUGCCUGGUGAACGUGGUGCAGCUGGUCUUCCAGGUCCUAAGGGUGACAGAGGUGAUGCUGGUCCCAAAGGUGCUGAUGGUUCUCCUGGUAAAGAUGGUGCCCGUGGUCUGACUGGUCCCAUUGGUCCUCCUGGCCCUGCUGGUGCCCCUGGUGACAAGGGUGAAACUGGUCCCAGUGGUCCUCCCGGUCCCACCGGAGCCCGUGGUGCUCCCGGAGACCGUGGUGAGGCUGGUCCCCCUGGUCCUGCUGGCUUUGCCGGCCCCCCUGGUGCUGAUGGCCAACCUGGUGCAAAAGGUGAACCUGGUGAUACUGGUGUUAAAGGUGAUGCUGGUCCUCCUGGCCCUGCUGGUCCUGCUGGACCCCCUGGCCCCAUUGGUAACGUUGGUGCUCCUGGAGCCAAAGGUCCUCGUGGUGCUGCUGGUCCCCCUGGUGCUACUGGCUUCCCUGGUGCUGCUGGCCGUGUCGGUCCCCCUGGUCCCUCUGGAAAUGCUGGACCCCCUGGCCCUCCCGGUCCCGUUGGCAAAGAAGGGGGCAAAGGUCCCCGUGGUGAGACUGGCCCUGCUGGACGUCCUGGUGAAGUUGGUCCCCCAGGUCCCCCCGGUCCUGCUGGUGAGAAAGGAUCUCCUGGUGCUGAUGGACCUGCUGGCUCUCCUGGUACCCCUGGACCUCAGGGUAUUGCUGGACAACGUGGUGUGGUCGGUCUUCCUGGUCAGAGAGGAGAAAGAGGCUUCCCUGGUCUUCCUGGCCCCUCUGGUGAACCUGGCAAACAAGGUCCCUCUGGAUCAAGUGGUGAACGCGGUCCUCCUGGCCCCAUGGGCCCCCCUGGAUUGGCUGGUCCCCCUGGUGAAUCUGGACGUGAGGGAUCCCCUGGUGCUGAAGGCUCCCCUGGAAGAGAUGGUGCUCCCGGUGCCAAGGGUGACCGUGGUGAGACUGGCCCCGCUGGCCCCCCUGGUGCCCCUGGUGCUCCCGGCGCUCCCGGCCCUGUUGGUCCUGCUGGCAAAAAUGGCGAUCGUGGUGAGACUGGUCCUGCUGGUCCUGCUGGUCCCAUUGGCCCUGCUGGUGCCCGUGGCCCUGCUGGACCCCAAGGCCCCCGUGGUGACAAGGGUGAGACAGGCGAACAAGGUGACAGAGGCAUAAAGGGUCAUCGUGGCUUCUCUGGUCUCCAGGGUCCUCCUGGUGCUCCUGGUUCUCCUGGUGAACAAGGCCCCUCUGGAGCUUCAGGUCCUGCAGGCCCCCGGGGUCCCCCUGGCUCUGCUGGCUCUCCUGGCAAAGACGGACUCAACGGUCUCCCUGGCCCCAUUGGUCCCCCUGGUCCUCGAGGUCGCACUGGUGACAGCGGCCCUGCUGGUCCCCCCGGCCCUCCUGGACCCCCUGGCCCUCCUGGACCUCCCAGUGGCGGUUAUGACUUCAGCUUCCUGCCUCAGCCACCUCAAGAGAAGUCUCAAGAUGGUGGCCGCUACUACCGGGCCGAUGAUGCUAACGUGGUCCGUGACCGUGACCUUGAGGUGGACACCACCCUCAAGAGCCUGAGUCAGCAGAUUGAGAACAUCCGCAGCCCAGAAGGCAGCCGCAAGAACCCCGCCCGCACAUGCCGCGACCUCAAGAUGUGCCACUCUGACUGGAAGAGCGGAGAGUACUGGAUCGACCCUAACCAAGGCUGCAACCUGGACGCCAUCAAGGUCUACUGCAACAUGGAGACAGGUCAGACCUGUGUGUUCCCUACUCAGCCGUCUGUGCCUCAGAAGAACUGGUACAUCAGCCCGAACCCCAAGGAAAAGAAGCAUGUCUGGUUUGGAGAGAGCAUGACCGAUGGAUUCCCGUUCGAGUACGGAAGCGAGGGCUCCGACCCCGCCGAUGUCGCUAUCCAGCUGACCUUCCUGCGCCUGAUGUCCACCGAGGCCUCCCAGAACAUCACCUAUCACUGCAAGAACAGCAUAGCCUACAUGGACCAGCAGACUGGCAACCUCAAGAAGGCCCUGCUCCUCCAGGGCUCCAACGAGAUCGAGCUCAGAGGCGAAGGCAACAGUCGCUUCACCUACAGCACCCUUGUGGACGGCUGCACGAGUCACACUGGAACUUGGGGCAAGACAGUCAUCGAAUACAAAACCACCAAGACCUCCCGCCUGCCCAUCAUCGAUGUGGCUCCCUUGGACAUUGGUGCCCCAGACCAGGAAUUCGGACUAGACAUUGGCCCUGCCUGCUUCGUGUAAACUCCCUCCACCCCAAUCUGGUUCCCUCCCACCCAGCCCACUUUUCCCCAACUCUGGAAACAGAUGAACAACCCAAAUUCAAUUUUCCCCAAAAGCCAAAAAUAUGGGAGACAAUUUCACAUGGACUUUGGAAAACAUUUUUUUUUCCUUUGCAUUCACCUUUCAAACUUAGUUUUUACCUUUGACCAACUGAACGUGACCAAAAACCAAAAGCGCAUUCAACCUUACCAAAAAAGAAAAAAAAAAAAAAAAGAAUAAAUAAAUAACUUUUUAAAAAAAGGA